AUGAUUGAAUUGAUUCUAUCUGCUUGCAUUGGUGCUGUGUUAUGUUUGGCUUUUGUUUAUUUUAAACAGUAUAACAGGACUGACAAUGUAAAAGAGUUCAACAACAUUCAAAAGUACUCUUUAUACACUCCUAAGCACUACAAAGUUGAACUAGAUCAAGAUUCCAUUCAAUUAAUGAAAGAUAACUCCUUUGGCAUUCUCCUCACCUGGAAAGGAUCUGAAUUACACACUUCUCAUGUUCCCUUCUUGGUAGACGAAACGAAUCCAAACUCUCUCAAGUUGCAUUUCCAUUUAGCCAAGCAAAAUCCUCAUUGCAUGGCUUUGGAAGAAUUUGCUAAAAAAUCCUCAACUUCUAAUGGAUGGAAUUGCAAGGUUAUCUUUGUGGGACCACAUUUCUAUAUUUCACCAAAAUGGUUUUUGGGAGGAUUGGAAGGUCAAAAGAAGAAAGUCCCAACUUGGAAUUUCACAGCAGUUCAUGCCCAUUGUGAUUCAUGCCAAGUUUAUGAUUCACCAGAUGAAAAGCAUAAGAUUGUUAGUGAUUUGACAGUUUUCAAUGAGGAUUGGUUGAUGGAGCAUUUCAGAAAUCCAGUGAAGGAAUUGGACGAUUACAAGUAUGAUUUCUCAAAGACUGAUGAGAAAUAUGCUGAACAAAAAUUGAAGGCAAUUGUUGGAUUCACACUGAUUGUUAAGGAAUUGAAGGGAAAGUUCAAACUCUCUCAAAACUUAUCAAAGGAAGAGAGAAUUUCAAUUAUUGAUGGAUUGAAUAGACAAGGAUAUGAUCUUGCAAUUGAUACUGGAAGGAACUUAUUCUAUUUGGAUCAAUUAACUAGAGUUAAUCAGAUUGGACAUUUCUCAGCAGACAAUGAUGAGGAUUUAUAUGAGGAGGAAUAUGAUGAAGAAACGGAUGAAAUUAUUCAAGUAUUGGUUAGGGAGAGAGAACCAGCUAGAGUUAUUAAUUAUAAACAAAUUAGAGAAAUGAUGGAGAAGUGUGAAUUGAGCAGAGUGUUUUUAAAAGUGGAAAACAAAUUGAUUCAAACAAUGGUGGAUGAAUUUUCAAAUUCUUAUCAUGUUAGGGAGUUGAUAAUUGAUUGUAGGAAUGUGGAUAUGUUUUCAGUGUUUGAUUUAAUUGUUCAUCAUUGUCCUUUCAUUGUGAAGGUGAGAAUUUUGGUGGAGACAUUAAGAACUGAUUGCGUUGUGAAACGAAUUUAUCAGCAAGACUCUUUAAAAGUUAAAUGUCCACUGAAACAAUUGAGAAUUAUAAAUCCACAAACGAAUAAUUUAACUGAUUCUACUAGGAGAGUAUUUGAUCAGUUGAUGGAAAAUUAUCUUCCCGAAAUGAGUGAUAUUGAGGAAAUUGCACUACCAUUUUGGACACCAUCCAUACUCGAUUCUAUAUCUUUGAAUUGUAGACAUGUGAAAAAGUUAAUUCUAUUAGGAGAGUUGGCUCCAGGUGAAUACAACCAAAGUUUUGAGAAUAUUUGUAACAAUAUAGAGGCAUUGGAAUCUUUUAUAAUUUCCAAAUCUGUAGUGAGGGGAUUUUAUGUGGAUAUUGGACAAGCUCAUUUCAUGAGAAUUCUAACCAAAUUUUCAAAAACCUUGAAAGAGUUUGUGAUGGGAACCAAUCUCUCAAGAUUUUCAUCACCUCGUCCUGAAGAAUCUGUUCAAUUUGAAGAGGAAUUGGCUGCAAACCUACCAACACAAUUGGAAACACUCAUCAUUGAAAAUAUUCCAGAUCACUAUUAUAAUUCCAGCACUCCUCUUGCAUUUAUUAACAUUCUUACUAGUUUAUUCAAUAGGAAUCAGACCAAUAAUUUUCAAUUCCAUUUCAAGAAUUUAAUAAUUGAUUUGAAUAAUUUUCAUUUGGAUAAUUUUAAUUCCAUCUCUAUGAGACAUGUUCAAAAUUUAUAUUUGAGAUUAUCCAACAGUGAGGAAAUUUUUUUGUAUUUAUCAAAGAGAGAAUAUGCUUCAAACAUUAAAACUCUGACACUGGAUUUGUUUCUCUCCACUAUAAGUGAAGCAUCAAACAUGUUGAGACAACCAUUCUUCUCUAAUGUAGAAAAUUUGAUACUUGUUAAUUAUGGAAAUUCCUUGACUGAUUUGACACCCCUGUCUAUUAUUCCAAAUAUAAGGAGUUUGAAAUUAAUGUCAUAUUUAAAUCAACCUUAUGAAUCACUCUACAGUGAAGAUAUACCUAUGAGGAACACAUUAUCUAAUCCAGGAACUUGUUUCAUAUAUUUUGAGAGUUUUGUCUCCUCUGACAAGAAAAUUUUCCAAAUUGGAAAGUUUUGA